CCUCCAGGCCUCCAGAGGGCAAAGAUGGUCUCGUUUCCUUGCCGAGCAUUUGCCGUAGUUCUCUCUUCCGGGGCCUUGGGCUUCGGGUCGGAGCGCGCGUGCGCGGCGGCGGCGGCGGGGCGGAGCCUUGGCUGUCAGCCGGCCUAGGAGGCGGAAGGAACCUGCGGCGGGCGGUGUGAGGGGCGGGACCUGGCGGCCGGCGGAGGCUCCAGCUGGGGAAGGUCGGGCCAUGCUGGCGGACCGGGACGCGGGGCCUCUGGGGGCCGUGGUGGUCACCGCCGCCGUGGUGCUGCUGCUGAGCGGCGUGGGGCCGGUGCACGGCUCGGAGGACAUCGUGGUGGGCUGCGGGGGCUUCGUCAAGUCGGACGUGGAGAUCAACUACUCGCUGAUCGAGAUAAAGUUGUACACCAAGCAUGGGACUUUGAAAUACCAGACGGACUGUGCCCCCAACAAUGGUUACUUUAUGAUCCCUUUGUAUGAUAAGGGGGAUUUCAUUUUGAAGAUUGAGCCUCCCCUAGGGUGGAGUUUUGAGCCGACGACCGUGGAGCUCCAUGUGGAUGGAGUCAGUGACAUCUGCACAAAGGGUGGGGACAUCAACUUUGUCUUCACUGGGUUCUCUGUGAACGGCAAGGUCCUCAGCAAAGGGCAGCCCCUGGGUCCUGCAGGAGUUCAGGUGUCUCUGAGAAACACUGGGACUGAAGCAAAGAUCCAGUCGACAGUUACACAGCCCGGCGGAAAGUUUGCGUUUUUUAAAGUUCUGCCUGGAGAUUAUGAAAUCCUUGCAACUCAUCCGACCUGGGCAUUGAAAGAGGCAAGCACCACAGUGCGUGUAACCAACUCAAAUGCCAAUGCGGCCAGUCCCCUCAUAGUUGCUGGCUAUAAUGUGUCUGGCUCUGUCCGAAGUGAUGGGGAGCCCAUGAAAGGGGUGAAGUUUCUUCUCUUUUCUUCUUUAGUAACUAAAGAGGAUGUCCUGGGCUGCAGUGUCUCACCAGUGCCUGGGUUCCAGCUCCAAGAUGAGAGUCUGGUAUAUUUGUGCUACACUGUCUCCAGAGAAGACGGCUCCUUCUCCUUCUAUUCCUUGCCAAGUGGGGGCUACACUGUGAUUCCAUUCUAUCGCGGGGAGAGAAUUACCUUUGAUGUGGCGCCUUCCAGACUCGACUUUACAGUGGAGCAUGACAGCCUGAAAAUCGAGCCCGUGUUCCACGUCAUGGGGUUCUCCGUCACCGGGAGGGUCUUGAACGGACCAGAAGGAGAUGGUGUUUCAGAGGCAGUAGUCACCCUGAAUAACCAAAUCAAAGUCAAAACAAAAGCUGAUGGCUCAUUCCGCCUGGAGAACAUAACCACAGGGACAUACACCAUCCAUGCUCAGAAAGAGCACCUCUACUUUGAAACAGUCACCAUCAAAAUUGCACCGAACACACCUCAGCUGGCUGACAUUAUUGCAACAGGGUUCAGUGUCUGUGGUCAGAUAUCAAUCAUUCGCUUCCCCGACACUGUCAAGCAGAUGAGUAAAUACAAAGUUGUCCUAUCAUCUCAAGACAAGGACAAGUCUUUGGUCACCGUGGAGACGGAUGCUCAUGGAUCAUUUUGUUUUAAAGCAAAACCAGGGACUUAUAAAGUUCAGGUGAUAGUUCCUGAGGCAGAGACCAGAGCAGGGCUGACAUUGAAACCCCAGACGUUUCCUCUUACUGUGACCGACAGGCCUGUGAUGGAUGUGGCCUUUGUACAGUUUUUGGCAUCAGUUUCUGGGAAAGUCUCUUGUUUGGAUACUUGCGGUGACCUACUGGUGACUCUGCAGUCACUGAGCCGCCAGGGUGAGAAGCGGAGCCUCCAGCUCUCCGGCAAGGUCAACUCCAUGACUUUCACCUUUGACAGCGUGCUCCCAGGAAGAUACAAAAUAAGCAUCAUGCAUGAGGAUUGGUGCUGGAAGAACAAGAGCCUGGAGGUGGAAGUGCUGGAGGAUGACGUGUCUGGUGUUGAGUUCAGGCAGACGGGCUACAUGCUGAGAUGUUCCCUGUCUCACGCCAUCACUCUGGAAUUUUAUCAGGAUGGAAAUGGACGUGAGAACGUGGGGAUUUAUAACCUCUCCAAAGGAGUUAACCGAUUCUGCCUGUCCAAACCUGGUGUGUACAAAGUGACCCCUCGCUCCUGUCACCGGUUUGAGCAAGCGUUCUACACCUAUGACACGUCUUCACCUAGUAUCUUGACGUUGACAGCCAUUCGCCACCAUGUCCUUGGAACUAUCACCACCGACAAAAUGAUGGAUGUCACUGUGACUAUCAAGUCUUCCAUCGACAGUGAACCCGCCUUGGUCUUAGGCCCUCUGAAGUCUGUGCAGGAGCUGCGGAGGGAACAGCAGCUGGCUGAGAUCGAGGCCCGCAGACAGGAGAGGGAGAAGAACGGCAAAGAGGAAGGGGAAGAAAGAAUGACCAAGCCGCCCGUGCAGGAAAUGGUAGAUGAGUUGCAAGGCCCCUUCUCAUAUGAUUUCUCUUAUUGGGCCCGGUCUGGAGAGAAAAUCACUGUUACACCAUCAUCUAAAGAGCUGCUCUUUUAUCCCCCUUCAAUGGAAGCCAUCGUCAGUGGAGAAAGCUGCCCAGGGAAGCUGAUCGAGAUCCACGGGAAGGCAGGCCUGUUUUUAGAAGGCCAGAUCCACCCCGAGUUGGAAGGAGUCGAGAUUAUCAUCAGUGAAAAGGGGGCGAGUUCACCCCUGAUCACAGUCUUUACUGAUGACAAAGGUGCCUACAGUGUCGGCCCCUUGCACAGUGACCUGGAGUACACGGUGACCUCACAGAAGGAGGGCUACGUUCUGACUGCCGUGGAAGGAACCGUCGGAGACUUCAAGGCCUAUGCCCUGGCAGGCGUAAGCUUUGAGAUAAAAGCUGAGGAUGACCAGCCCCUUCCGGGAGUCCUCUUAUCCCUUAGCGGUGGCCUGUUUCGUUCCAACCUCUUGACCCAGGACAAUGGCAUUCUGACGUUCUCAAACCUGAGCCCUGGCCAGUAUUACUUCAAGCCCAUGAUGAAGGAGUUCCGGUUUGAGCCGUCCUCACAGAUGAUCGAGGUGCAGGAAGGCCAGAAUCUGAAGAUCACUAUCACGGGGUAUCGAACCGCUUAUAGUUGCUAUGGCACAGUGUCUUCCUUAAAUGGAGAACCUGAACAAGGGGUUGCUGUGGAAGCCGUGGGCCAGAAUGACUGCAGCAUUUAUGGAGAAGACACCGUGACAGAUGAAGAGGGCAAGUUCAGAUUACGUGGAUUGCUGCCGGGAUGUGUGUACCACGUUCAGCUCAAGGCAGAAGGCAACGACCACAUUGAGCGGGCGCUCCCCCACCAUCGGGUGAUUGAGGUUGGGAAUAAUGAUAUCGAUGAUGUAAACAUCAUAGUUUUCCGGCAGAUUAAUCAAUUUGAUUUAAGUGGAAACGUGAUCACUUCCUCUGAGUACCUUCCUACAUUAUGGGUGAAGCUUUACAAAAGCGAAAACCUCGACAAUCCGAUCCAGACCGUCUCCCUUGGCCAGUCCCUCUUCUUCCAUUUCCCCCCACUGCUCAGAGACGGCGAGAACUAUGUUGUGCUUCUGGACUCCACACUCCCCAGAUCCCAGUAUGACUACAUCUUGCCUCAAGUUUCUUUCACCGCAGUGGGCUACCAUAAACACAUCACCUUGAUUUUCAAUCCCACGAGGAAGCUGCCUGAACAGGACAUUGCGCAAGGAUCCUACAUUGCCCUGCCACUGACGCUGCUGGUUCUGCUGGCCGGUUACAACCAUGACAAGCUCAUUCCUUUGCUGCUACAGUUGACGAGUCGGCUACAGGGAGUCCGCGCGCUCGGCCAGGUAGCCUCUGACAAUAGCGGCCCAGAAGAUGCCAAGAGACAGGCCAAGAAACAGAAGACAAGGCGGACGUGAGGAGGAAGGGGGGCCGUAGCAGUCUCACUUCGGACAGGCCACAGCCAGGGGUCCGGCCACCACCCGCCCAUGGGAUGAAAGCCAAAAGCAUGCAUCAGCUAACUUCAGCCUGUACUGCUGGCCUUGCACCCCUGUCCCUUGUCACUGUGGCAGCCUGUGCGCAUCCUCACCCUCCAUUUGGCCCCUCGUGCAAUGCAGUGAAUGGACCCUCCUGUCACUCUGCUGAAAAGAAUUUAUUUUCUGAGUUGAAUAUAAUUUAUUAUUAUUAUUUUUGUCGAAGUAUUUAAGCUGUGCUGGUGGUGUGAGAAUGUCAUUCUUGAUCUUCACCAUUCGUUUGCAAGAGGAGUUCCAGUCGACAGGGCAUUUGGUUCCAUGGUGAGGUACCCUUGGAAUUUCCCCGUUUUCUUCGCUUCCCUUGCAUCUGAGAUCCCUGCUGGAAACCACAGCAACCUGUGUCCACUGCUAGGAGGUAAAAAUCAAUAAAACUGCCCAUUCAUUUGUGUUGUAGCUCA